AAUUUUUUCUGGGAUUAAUAUCAACUAUAUAGACCGUGUAACUUUUCGUUUUCCAUUUUUUCGGCUCAAACUGAGCUAUAAUAUUGUACAAAUUGGGUUCCUUACGCAGGUCGAGCAGCAAAAUGGAAGAGUGCAAAUGCUGGAACAAGAAGUGAGGAGCGCCAUGAAGGACGAAAGUGCCGAACUCUCCACCAUACUCGCUCUGGUCGAUGACAUUCAACGACUGGGACUGGUCUUUCUCUUCGAGGAAGACGUAAAGAGAGCUCUCCGCAGAUACCAUUCUCCGGAUGGAGGUUACAAGAACAGAGACCAGAAGACCCUUCACGGAACAGCUCUCUUCUUUAGGAUUCUGAGACAAAAUGGUUUCGAAGUUUCUCCAGAUGUUUUCCGGAUUUUCAUGGACGAGCGAGGAACAUUUAUGGAGAGCCUUGGCCGUGACGUUGAAGGGCUGCUGAGUUUAUAUGAAGCUUCGCAUUUGGCCUUCGAAGAAGAAGGUAUCUUGCUCGAGGCUAAGGAAUUUGCUGUCAAGCAUCUCAAACGCCUUAACGAUAUUGAUAUCAGCAAAGACCUUGAAUAUUUCCGAGUGAACCAUGGGUCGGUACCGCCCCUGCACCAGAGAAUGCCAUUGCUGGAAGCUCGACAGUCCAUCGAAGCUUAUAGCCCCCAGAGGGACGCAGAACGUCGGUUGCUCGAACUGGCCGUGUACAAUUUCAACAUGGUGCAGUCUAUCCUCCAAAGAGAUCUUCAGGAGAUGUCGAGAUGGUGGAAUGAUGUUAGCCUGGCAAACGAGUUGAGCUUUGCAAGAGAUCGACUGAUGGAGUGCUUCUUCUGGACGGUUGGGAUGGCCUACGAGCCUCAGUUUAGCAAUCUCCGUAAAGGGCUAACGAAGGUGACCGCACUCGUGACCACCAUCGACGAUGUCUACGACGUUUAUGGUAGUUUGGAUGAAUUGGAGCUAUUCACAGAUGCUGUACACAGAUGGGAUGUCAACGCCCUGUCGAAUCUUCCGAGCUGUAUGAAGCUUUGCUUCCUAGCUCUCUACAACGCAGUGCACGAGAUGGCUUACGACGUCCUCAAGCAGAAUGGAGAAAAUAUCAUCCCGUGCCUAACAAAGGCGUGGAGUGACAUGUUCAAAGCCUUCCUGCAAGAGGCGAAGUGGAAGCACGACAAGGUCACCCCGACGUUCGAAGAGUACAUGAACAAUGGCUGGAUCUCAGUUUCAGGACUUGUCAUAUUGAUUCAUGCCUUCUUUCUGUCUACCCCGGACGUUAGGAAGGAGGAAAUAGAAUCGAUUGAGACUCACGGCCACGAUCUCUUGAAGUCGCCAGCCAUUAUAUUCCGCCUCUGCAACGAUCUCGGCACCUCAUCGGCCGAGCUAGAGAGGGGAGAAACGGCAAAUUCGAUCCUAUGCUACAUGCAAGACACCGGGGUGUCGGAGAAUGUUGCUCGCGAGCACAUUAAGGAACUGAUCGACAUAGAGUGGAAGAACAUGAACAGAUAUCAAGUCGAUGACUCUAUGUUUGGAAAAUCAUUCGUACGUCUGGCUUUCAACCUUGCCCGAAUAGCUCACUAUACAUAUCAAGAUGGAGAUGCGCAUGGAGAUCCAGAUGAUAGAGCGAAGUACCGUAUCCACUCAUUAUUAAUUGAUCCCAUUUCUCUCUAGUAGAACUAUCAAAAUGGGUCAUAGAUCUACUUCUUAACCCAUAUUUGAUGGCCCGAAUCAUUAUAAGGGUUAGUCAUGUUAAUAAAUGGGUUAUAAAUAAGUUUAAAAU